CGUUUUCUUCGAUUUGCUUGAACGAUUUGGCCUUUUCACACCGAAUUAUUAGUUCAAUUUGUGAAUUUUCGAUUGAGACUAAAAUUGUGCCAAGAUGAGUAAUAAACUAAACAAAGUGAAGCUUUCCAAAGGCAUUCUGGAAAUGAAGUUCAUGUCGCGAACCAGAGAAAAACUCGAAAAAGAAAAAGACGAUGCCGAAGGGAGAGCUCUAUACUCCAACGAAUUUACCGACAAAAUGCUGCAUGAGUCGUCCAAGUACAUAAUCGAAACCAGUUACGUCCCCUGUGAAGACCUUAUCGAAGGACGCAUCAGCUACGGCGGGAUGAAUCCGGAAAUCGAGCGUCUUAUCGAGCUGGAAAAGAACAAAGAUUUGGCCGCGCAGGUGGAACGGGAACGAGCGGAAGCCGCCGAAAGGCAAAAGAUGCGCAAAGAUGUCCCGGACGAGGAAAUGGCCCAGUUCUACACCAGCGUCAUGAAGUCAAUGAAGAAAAAGUACGAAAAAGGUGGAAAGAGACAGCCGAGUAUAUUGCCGCUGAACAUCAAAAGAAUGGAAAAAUCAAGAGAUGACGAUGAUUGAUGGAUUAAAUCUAUCUAUAAUCAACUAAAUUUAAGAAUUACAAAUAACUACUUUAUUUGAAAUACAGCUUCAAUUGUCCGCUA